AUGAAAGAUGCGCGACGAGACGAGGCGACGACGCGCGCCGGGACGGCGGCGACCGAGGGCGCAUCGCGCGCACCCUUCUUCGCGCGGUCUGCGUCUGCUGGAACUCGAGCCUGCGGUUCACGCGAAGGCCGCUGUUGCUGCGGCGGAGGGACGCCAUGCUCGCGGCGAAGUGGGCACGACGCGUUCAAAACCGGUCGGCCGCGACGAGCGAAGAAACCUGAAGAACUCGCGCGAGCGCGCGCGCGAUCUACGCGAGCGGCGGUGACGUGGCCUUCGACGCCGCGACCAGCGCGACACAACGCGCCGGCGCUCUCCCGCACGGAAGCACCACCGCCCACGCACGCUCGCAUCGCGCGUCUACUCGCGUCUCCGCCCCCCAACACACCAUGCCGAUUUUCUGAUCCAUCAAGACCGCGUUCGACAGCGCGCGGUACGCCGUAGGGCAGACGGACACCCUCCGCGGGACCGGGGUGUGGUCGUUCGUCAAGGCUGACCGAGCGGGGAAAGCCACCGCCAAGCCAGGGAAAGGGAAGGCGACGAGCAAGCCCGCGAAACUCGGCGGGAAGAAGUAACGUAACGUAACGGAACGCUUCCGGGCGUUACGCGAUGCUUCGACUGACGUCCUCGGGGGCGACGACGGCGGCGGACUGAGGCGAGAGCGCGACGACGAACGACGCGCGUCCCGCGACGCAUCGCGGAACGCACGUGACGAAGCCCACGCCGUAAAUCUCGGUUUCGCGACCGAAGAUGGCGGCUUUCGAUGACCGCGUCGCGCGCGCGCUCUCUCCUCGGUCACGCCGCCGCCGCUCCCGGCGACGACGAUUGUUUGUAAAAGACUGAACGAGACAACUUUAU